AUGGACAAAGUGGAGGGACUGGUUGACCGCGCUCGGCAGCUUGCAAUUCAUCAACCGUCAGAUGCGACAGCCCCCGAGUCAUUCCACUCGGCGGUCGAUACUCAUCUGCAGAAAAUCCACCAAUCUGUGUCGGCGUCGAAUUCAACACUGGGCCUUUUUCUCGAGAAAUUCCAGCAGGAAUCUCCCGAGGCAAAUGCCGGAAGUCAUACCUCCCAGGAUCCUCUGUCGCUGGACGCUUUCCGGGCGUAUAUGAAGGAUGCGAACGCAGGUGCACAGGCACCGGAUCAUGAUCUAGAUCUUUCCGCCCCCAUCUCGGAUUAUUUUGUCUCGUCGAGUCACAAUACGUACUUGACCGGCAACCAGCUGUACAGUGAUGCUGCUGCGAGCGCAUACACAUCUGUCCUCCUGCGCGGUUGCAGAUCCGUGGAGAUUGAUGUCUGGGAUGGGGAAUCAGAAACCCCCGAUUCCAGCGAGGCGGAAGGAAAAAGUGGCAGCUCCAGUGACUCGAGUGACGACGACAGGGCUUUGGGGACCAGAAUCAAAGAAAAGGUCAGGUCCAAGACCGACAUCCAGGACGGGUCUGGUCGAGGAUUGCCUCGCUCCGUCUCGUCCAAAUUGGGGAAUGUCUUGCGCCGCAAAUCCACCAAAGCCGCACAGGUCGGUGGUGAGGAUGCCUCCACGAGCCAGAUGCCCAUCACUGGGGAGCCACGUGUCUUGCAUGGGCAUACAUUGACCAAGGGCGCUUCAUUUCGCGAGGUCUGCUAUGCAAUCCGUGACAGCGCCUUUGUGGCCAGUGAUCUUCCAAUCAUUGUCAGCUUUGAGGUGCAUGCGUCUCUCGAACAACAGCAGAUGAUGGUGGAUAUUAUCAAAGAGGCAUGGAACGGCUUGUUGGUGGAGGUUUCGCCAGACGUCGAACCUGGGAACAAGCUCCCGACAUUGGCAGAGCUCAAAAGAAAGAUCUUGAUCAAGACCAAGUCAAUCCCCUUGACAGAUGCCAAUGAAAAGGCCGAGCAGGACUUUCAGGCUUCAAAAGAAGGAGUAGAAACUGCAGGGGGGCAGCCAUCAAAACCAUCGAAGAUCCUGGAGGCCCUAGCGAAACUGGCUGCCAAAGUCCCCGUCCACAUCUUCUCUCUGUCCGAGAAGGCAGCGCGCGAUGCUCACCUGAACCAGCGCGAGGCCCUGUUUUCUCACAAUCGCUCCGGGCUGAUGCGCAUCUACCCAUUCGCCUUCCGGGUCACGUCAUCCAAUCUCGACCCGUCAUUCUACUGGCGUCGGGGUGCUCAGCUCGUGGCCAUGAACUGGCAGAACUUGGAUAAGGGCAUGAUGCUUAAUCACGGCAUGUUUAUCGGGACCCUAGGCUGGAAGCUCAAGCCGGCUGGCUACCGAAGCGCAGAGCCUUCAUCCGACAUGAUCCAUCGCCAGACUGUCACCCUGAUCCUCGAGGUAUUUGCCGCUCAGGAUCUUUCUCUACCGCCGGGAGACCGCAGCGAGAAAGGGUUCCAUCCCUAUGUGAACUGUCAACUGCAUGUUGAGGAACCCGAGAGCGAAGAUGCCACUGGGCAGGAUGACGCCAACUCUGAGGCUAAGAGCAGCUACCGACGAUGCACGAAGAGCUACUCGGGCAGAAACCCGGAUUUCGAGGGCCAGAAACUGGUAUUCCCCGCGGUCACAGGAAUCGUUGAAGAGUUGAGUUUUCUACGGUACAUUGGGCGUGACUCACUCGCUGCUUGGGCAUGCAUUCGACUCGACCGGCUGCGCAACGGCUAUCGACUUGUGCAUCUUCAUGAUUGCAGUGGAGAAAAAACAGGCGGGGUAUUGCUGGUCCAUAUCUCAAAGGAGGUCUCAUAG